AUGUUGCCUCCUGUACCCUCGCCGCUAGACUACGGCAUCUCCCUCGAAAAUGGUUUCCUGUCACCGGAGCCACCGCUGGAAGUUCUGCCAGAUCCAUACUACGCAAAGUGGGAGGCGAUUGCUGCAAACUUGCAACCUCUACUCUUGAGUAAAAGAAUCCGGGGUAUUGUGGACCGGUUGCCCGUGCUUUCGACUGCGUACCUGCGUGCAGAUGACGAGUGGCGUCGGGCAUAUGUGGUCCUGGUAUUCAUGUUACACGGCUACGUAUGGGGUGGUGACCGUCCCGCCGAGAGAAUACCUCCACAGUUGACCGUGCCCCUUUUCGAAGUCUGUGAACGACUUGAAGUCCCCCCAGUAGCGACAUACGCCGGCGUGUGCCUCUGGAACUACAAACCUAUCUUCCCGGAGGAACCCGCGGAUGACUUGGACAAUCUUGCUUGUCUCCAGACCUUUACCGGGUCCCUAGAUGAGCAAUGGUUCUACCUCGUCUCAGUAGCCAUCGAGGCGCGAGGUGCCCCCGCAAUCCCCCUUAUGCUCGAGGCCAUCGCCGCAGCCCGAGUCGGCAAAGCCCGUGUAGUAACCGACUGCCUCCAACGACUAGCAGAGAUGAUAGACCAGAUUAACUCUCUCUUACACCGUAUGUACGACAACUGCGACCCAUAUAUCUUCUACAACCGCAUCCGCCCCUACCUCGCUGGAAGCAAGAACAUGGCCGACGCCGGCCUACCGAACGGUCUUCUAUACGAUGAUGGCCAGAACGAACCUCAGUACAGACAAUACGGCGGCGGCAGUAACGCCCAGAGCUCCCUAAUCCAAUUCUUCGAUAUCGUGCUCGGAAUAGAACACCGCCCGACAGGCGUCGCUCGCAAGGAACAAAGGACAGAGGCAGCAGAAGACAGCCCUAAGUCUCGAAACGGGUUCAUCCAUGAGAUGCGCGCCUAUAUGCCUGGCCCUCACCGCCGGUUCCUGGAACAUGUCGAUUCGAUCGCUAAUAUCCGUUCUUUCGUUGAAGCUCGACACAGUGAUCCUGCCCUCCGGCUUGCAUACGAUGCCUGUCUUGGCAUGUUGCGUGCUAUGCGCGACAAGCAUAUCCAGAUCGUCUCGCGAUAUGUCAUCUUGCAGGCGCGCGGAGCUCGUCGGGAGACACAGGCAGCCAAGGCCAAUCAGCCUGCGCCGCAGAAUCUGGCGACAGCUGCCCCGGCCGAUAGCAAGAAGCUACGAGGAACGGGUGGUACGGCACUGAUUCCGUUUCUGAAGCAGGCACGUGAUGAGACGGGCGAGCCGGCCAUUGACGCCUGGGCACGACGACUUCUCAAUACAGAAGGCUCGGCGCCGCUGAGUAAAGUCGGCGAGCACCCUGAUGGGCACCUGGAGGUCGUUGGUCUCUGCGGGACAUGGACAGCCGAUGACAGUGAAGGAGGUAUCUGCCACUGGUGA